AUGGGGUCGGGCGAUUUGAAUCUGUUGAAAUCAUGGAAUCCCAAGCUUAUGAAAAAUAGAAAAAAAGUAUGGGAGACCGAACAGGAUCUAAUUACCGAACAGCAGAAGCUUAACACGCGAUUGAAAGAAAUUGAAAAAGAACGAGAACUAAAUGAACUGCUGAACGAAUCGAGCAAGGAUAAGCCGGAGACUCUCAAGAAUGACUUGGCUUUGAAGAAGUCGGGCUUGGAAUGGAUGUAUCAGGAUGCAAAACUGAGUGACGAAAAGGAAGACUAUUUAUUAGGUAAGAAAAAACUAGAUUCAUCUAUACUAAACCAACCUGCAACACCGCCUGUAAGGGCGGCCACUACUAUUUCCGCUUCUGGUGCCGCAACAUCCAUAAGUUCGCAGAAGAAGAAGUCAAAAUUGCUUAAAGAUGAUCCAAUGAGUAAGUUUAAGGUAACUAAACAACAAAGAAGAACUCCAGACUCAACAAAAAAAAGAGCAAUGUCGCAACGAGGGAAACCGUUGUCCAAGCCCGCUCCGGACCUAGACUACUAA